AAUAUUGCCACUAAAAACACAGGAAAACCAACGAAAAUGUGAAGCGUUUAUACGUUUUCACUGCGGCACCAGCGCGUAUGUUUUCCUCACUGUGACCACAGCGACUCUACCGGGAUUUCCAUAUAGCAAAAAGAAAUCCUGCAAGAUGCGUCGACGAGCUGGAAUUGGGGCUAUCCAGAAGCAGAAGUUGGAGGCAGAAAAGUACAAGGACAAGGGAAUCGAGAUUCAAGAGACACAAUUCGAGCAAAUGUCUCGUCAAAUGGAGGUGUUUAGAAGCAAUUUGGAGGAAUUUGCCAUGAAGCAUCGCAACGAGAUCAAGAAAAAUCCACAGUUCCGGCGGCAGUUUCAGGAAAUGUGCGCCACAAUUGGUGUGGAUCCUCUGGUGUCCGGAAAGGGCUUCUGGAGCAUCCUGGGCAUGGGUGACUUCUAUUACGAGCUGGCCAUUCAAGUGAUAGAGGUGUGCCUGGCUGCCAACGACGAUACCGGCGGAUUGAUCGAAUUGGAUGACUUGAAGAAGCGCCUGAAUGCCUCGAGAGGAGCCAAUAAGCAAGCCAUCACGAAAGACGACAUCCUGACGGCGGCCAAAAAACUGAAGAUAUUCGGGAAUGGCUUCAAAGUCCUUCCGGUCGGACCUAGUAAAUACAUGAUUCAAUCUGUGCCAGGAGAACUCAGCCUGGAUACCACUGCUGUGCUCAACAUUGCCGCCAAUGAGAAGGACGGCAGCAUCACUCUGAAGAUUGUCAUAGGCAAACUAGAAUGGACGGAGUUUCGGGCGAAGCAAGUAAUGGAUAAAAUAAUCGGUGAUGGUCUGGUUUGGGUUGAUCUGCAAAGUGAAGUGCCGAUUUACUACUUUCCCAGUCUCUUCCCGAGGCAGUAGCAUCACUAUUUGCAGGUGCUUCUCCCUUGGACAUGCUACACGAGCAGAUGUGCUAACAAAGUCAUUAAGUUGCUGGAAGUAUUUACGUGCUCUUGGCAAAGUGGAUAUUUAAAAAAAUAAAUACCUUA